AUAUUCAUACAUCAGUAAGAAUACUAGUUUAUCAUGAAUAUCGCAAUUGCAUUGUUCCUGUGUGUAUUGGUAGCCAAUGUGUUGGCCGCUCCUUCACCUAUAGAAGAAGUUGAAGAAAAUGGGCAUGUCCGCGUAAAGCGAUUCACCUGUGACGUAAUUGGAUCCAUUUCAUAUGCCAAGUUUAAACUGAAUGACGCUGCCUGUGCUGCUCACUGCAGAGUCAAGCACAGACCAGGAGGAUGGUGUGACGACAGAAAGCAGUGCCAUUGCAGAUAAAUGUCUAAUAAGUCCGUAGUGUCCCAUAUUUCCUGAUUUUUGUCUUUCUUACUGUUUAAUAUAUGUUUCC